AUGAAAUUAAAAAUCCCAGUACCUGGAAGUAUUUUGUAUACCAUACUAUGCCUUGUAUUUUUUGAUUUUUCUGCUGAAAUCCUGAAUCAGACUUUUCCAAUUUUGGCUCCUACGAUCCAUGACAUGAGCAAUCAUACUCUGUGGUUCCAUUAUGGAAUAACUCCUACUGUAACAAGCAUCUCAUUUUUAAACUCAAUGAUAACAUCAGCUGAAACUGUAGGGAGUUUGGUAUCCCUCAUUUUUGUGUUCCCGUUUGCAGAGACUAAGGGAAGGAAAUGGGUUAUCAUUUAUCUAGGAGCACUGCUUACUGUAGUUUCUGCAAUUUGCCAAUUAUCAUCUGCAUACUUUCAAGCAUCCGAGCUGUUCAUUUUGUCACAGUUUUUCGCUGGAGUGCAUCAUCCGCUUCGGACUUUUUUGACGUUCAUUUUUAUAACAGAAUGUGCUCCUGACAAAAAUCGAGGAUUUGCAUGCACUGCACUCAUCAUAUUCGUUGGUCUUGUCAAAAUGAUCAUGAUUCCCGUAGCAUCCCCGAGUGUUUUCGGAAAUACUGAUAGUUGGUUUGUGUUCCCACUGACCGCACUUAUUAGUUGUCUAGUCAUGCUGAUAGUCACUGCACGUUUUCCAGAGUCUCCAAAAUGGCUGGUGUGUCAAAAUCGUAUAGAGGAAGCUGCCGACUCAAUUGAGUACUAUCAUGGGGAUGAUUGUAACACAAAACAAGUGCUCGUCUCGUUUGAGAAGGAAAAGAAUCUGACUACUGAAUCGCAUAUAACGUUGCGGCAGGUUUGGGAAGACGACACAUUGAGACAGGGGCUCAAGGUCGUUCUAGCUUAUUUAUUCGUUGUCAAUUUAAGCACCAGUAACAUUCGAGUGACGUACUAUGUCACCUUACAUGAAAGUGUUGGUUUUACCGUUCAGGAAGCCCUCAAUAUUAACCUAAUUUUAUCCAUCCUAUUUUUCCCUACUCAAUUUGCCAGCACAAUUAUGAUUGAUUCGCUUGGAAGACGUCCAGUGAUGCUUAUUGCAAAUGUUUUGUUAUUCACCAUGAGUUGCCUAAUGCUGGCUACACAGUUCCUCGCCUACUUCUUCGGCUCGAGCUUAUUGACUAAAGCUGUUCUUUUUAUUGGGAUGACUAUCAAUUCAUUGCUCAUGGCAACGUUUCCCAUAGUUUAUUCAAUAUUUCCACCAGGAUUUUUCGCGCCGUUCGUUGUCACAAAACUUGUUUUUGGUUGGUAUCUGUACAGACACAUGCCAGAGACCAAAGGACGUGCAGUUUGUGAUAUCAUAGAGGAUAUGGAUGAGGAUGUCAUGUCUAGGGUAACCGCUUCCAUUUUUGAAGAAUACACACCGCUGAUAAAAUCUAGGACUGCAACCAUGAUUUCAAAACGGAACAGUAUGCUUAUCACAACGUCAAGAUCUCGGGUAUCUACGGGAGCCGCUGAAGACUGUCAAUAA